AUGAUUUUGUCGAAAACUGCUGGAAGAACAAUCUUAUCAGAGUAUUUGCUUUUAAAUUUUAAUAGAAGAACUUCUCGAACCCUUUUGAAGUACUACAAAAGAUAUGUAACCAGUUCUCCGAAAGUAUGUUUUAAUUUGUUAAACAAUAACGUCAAUUCACCACUAAAUUUAAGCUGUAUAAUAAACAAUAAAUUCUUCUCAACGGAGAGACCGCCUCCAGGAUUUGGAAAAUUUUCAAACAAGGACGAACCUUCUGUAUCCACCACUCACAAAAAGAAGGACUCAGAAGAGUCGGAACAAAGAGCAUCAGACUCGAGGAAGACGAACGAUAACGAACGCAACGAUGAGGACGCAAAGGAAGAUCGCAAACCGGGAUAUUGGAAGAUAUUUGAUCCAUCAUCGCUGUUUAUUUUGGGACUCGCAUUCAUAGCGCUGCUGGAGCUGACGGAACCGUAUGGGUUAACGAACGAAAUAACGAUGCAGGAGUUCCUAUCAAAAUAUUUCGUAAAGGCCUAUAUAGAUAGAAUACAGGUUGUGAACAAGGAUUACUGCCGAUGUUACAUAUCAGAGCACUGUCCAAUCAAAACGCCGAAAUACGUGACGUUCAGAAUAGGAUCAAUAGACCUGUUUGAACAGAAAAUAGAUAAUAUACAGGCAUCAAUGGGACUUCAUCCAAGUAACUAUAUACCGAUCCACUACGUAUAUGAGAUAAACUUUCUAACUGAGAUGAAGAAAUUCACACCCUUCUUAUUUUUUCUGCUUUUAAUGGGAGUUGGAUUGAGAAAGAUAAGCAUCAGAGGGUCAAACAGUAUCAACCCGUUCAUGAGGAUAGGAAAGGCAUCGCCAAUAGAGGGGAAGGAAGUAAAGGUCAACGUUAAGUUCAAGGACGUGGCAGGGAUGAAUGAAGCGAAGGCAGAAAUAACGGAAUUCGUGGAUUUCCUGAGAAGCCCGAAGACGUACGAGUCGUACGGAGCGAAGAUACCGAAGGGAGUGCUGCUGUGCGGAGCACCAGGAACAGGAAAGACGAUGCUGGCGAAGGCAGUGGCAGGAGAAGCAAACGUGCCCUUCUACUCAAUGUCAGGAAGCGACUUCAUAGAAGUGUUCGUGGGAGUAGGUCCGUCGAGAGUGCGCGACCUGUUCGAAAAGGCACGCAAAAACGCACCCUCAAUAGUAUUCAUAGACGAAAUAGACGCAAUAGGAAGAAAGAGGUCGAAGUCAGGAUUCACAGCAGGCUCAAACGACGAAAGAGAGAAUACACUGAACCAGCUGCUGGUGGAAAUGGAUGGAUUUAAGCCGACGACAGGAGUGAUAGUGCUGGCAGGAACAAAUAGAGCAGACAUACUGGACCCAGCACUGACGAGGCCAGGAAGGUUUGACAGAACAGUGAACAUACCGAAGCCGGACCUGGACGAAAGGUACGAAAUAUUCAAAGUGCACCUGAAGCCGCUCAAGUUCAGCAGCACGGCGGACGUGGAGGAGUACGCAAGAAGACUGGCCUCGCUGACGCCGAACUUCGUGGGAGCAGAAAUCGCAAACGUGUGCAACGAAGCAGCAAUACAAGCAGCAAGAAGAAAGUCGCAGGACGGAGUGAGCAUGGGCGACUUCGACAACGCAAUAGAAAGAGUGGUCGCAGGAAUGAGGAAGCCGCCAGGACUGCUCUCGCCGCAGCAGAAGCUGGCAGUGGCGUACCACGAGGUAGGCCACGCGCUGGUGGGCUGGUGGCUGGAGCACGCAGACCCAGUGCUUAAGGUGUCGAUCAUCCCGAGGACGAGCGGAGCACUGGGAUACGCGCAGCAGAUGCCGGACGACUCAAUGCUCUUCACGAGAGACGCGCUGCUGGACAAGAUCGCAGUGAUCCUGGGAGGAAGAGCGGCCGAGGACAUCUUCAUAGGGAAGAUAACGACGGGAGCGACAGACGACCUGAACAAGGUGACGAAAAUGUGCUACGCAUUCGUGUCGCAGUGGGGAAUGAACUCGGAGCUGGGCCUGGUGUCGUUCCAGAGAGACGGAGGCGACGACGCGAACUUCUACAGAAGCUACUCGGAGACGACGGCGCAGCUGAUCGACAGAGAGGUGAGGACGAUCAUUGAGAACCAGUACCAGCGAGUGAAGAACAUGCUCGCAGGGAAGGCGGAGCUGGUGCACAAGCUCUCGAAGCUGCUCUACGACAAGGAGACGAUCACGUACCACGACAUAGCGAGCUGCGUGGGAGAACGCGAGUUCCCAAUGAACGAGCGCUACAGGCCGUACAUCGAGGCGAAGGCGAAGGAGGUGAAGGUGGUGGAGCCGCCCGCGGAAGCGAAGGAGGAGCCGACAAAGUAA